UUGUUCUAAAUAUAUUAACCGUCAAUAAAAUGACUUACAAUCGUUACCACUAUUGAUCGAUGAUUCCGAAUGUAAAUAUUAAACGCAACUAAAAAGUGGAAAAAAUUACUACACGAACAACACAAAUUUAGUAUAAAAUUUGCCAGAUUGAUGUUAAAAUAAACAAUUUGGAUAUAAAUUUCAAAACGGAUGUAUAAUGAACAAACACAUCAAUAAUGAUCCCACCACGAGCCACUAAAACUAUGUAACGUGUUCACUAGAUUCAGCUUAUUCGAGAUAGAGUCAAGAUGGGAGAAGGUGGUCAUGUUAAGGAAAAAGGAGGAAUAAAAAAACGUGAGACGUGGAGUAAACGUUUUGACUUUUUGUUAGCAUGUAUAGGAUUUUCCGUUGGACUUGGUAAUGUUUGGCGCUUUCCUUAUUUAUGCUACAAGAACGGAGGGGGAGCUUUUAUGAUUCCGUACUUUAUAUGUUGCAUUGUUGGCGGAAUACCAUUAUUUUAUUUAGAAGUAUGCGUUGGACAGUUCAUGGGCGUUGCUGGCCUAAAUGCAUGGAAAAUAUGUCCGUUAUUUCAAGGGAUAGGGAUAGCGUCAACUGUCAUCAUGUUUUUCUCCAAUACUUUUUUCAACGUUAUCAUGGCAUGGGCCUUUUACUAUUGGUUUAGUUCAUUUACAAGUGAACUGCCUUGGGCCAGCUGUGGUCAUGAAUGGAACGUACACUGCAAAGACUUUACUAUAGAAGGCGGAAACUUCACAAAUACGAGUCUACAAAAUGAUGAAAUGGCAAAUUAUACUCUUCCGUUUCUUUCUGCUGUGCAAAAUACAUCAAUCCAGUUGGUAUUGGAUCCGGUUACAGAAUUCUGGGAAAAUAAAGUCCUAGGAAUUUCUGAUGGCAUUGAUCAGCCUGGAGCUAUAAAAUGGGAUAUUUGUUUAUGUUUGUUGUUUGCCUGGAUUGCCGUGUAUCUAUGUAUAUGUAAAGGAAUAAAGUCUUCAGGAAAGGUUAUGUACUUUACGGCUACAACGCCUUAUCUGUUCAUGUUCAUCUUAUUGAUAAGAAAUUCAAUGUUACCAGGAGCUAUUGAUGGUGUCAUAUAUUACUUGAAGCCUAAUCUAAGUAAACUUGCGUCUAUGCAGGUGUGGGUUGACGCUGGUUCUCAAAUAUUUUUCACUUAUUCUAUUGGAGUUGGUUCACUCACAGUUCUUGGAAGUUUCAACAAGUUCAAACACAACUCCUACAAAGACUGCAUCAUUUUCGCAUGUACAAAUACUGGGACCAGUUUAUUAGCUGGAUUAAUCAUCUUUACAAUUUUGGGUCACAUGGCCUUCGUACAAGAAACGUCCAUAGACAAAGUGGCUGAGUCAGGACCUGGACUAGCUUUCAUAGCUUACCCUAAAGCCGUAUCGAUGAUGCCAGCUGCUCCAUUUUGGUCUAUUUUGUUUUUCUUCAUGGUGAUUUUACUUGGAUUUGAUAGUCAGUUUGUGGGUGUUGAGGCAGUUGUUACGGCAAUAGUUGAUCAAUGGCCUAGUGUUUUGAGACGAAAAUAUAGAAAAGAGGCUUUCACGGCGUUUAUUUGCUUCCUGAAUUUCUUACUUGGACUUUGUAUGGUAACACAUGGAGGUAUUUACGUUUUUGAGCUGUUCAACUUUUACUCUACGUGUAUCAUCAUACUGUUAAUAGGAUUUUUUGAAUGUGUUGCUGUAGCCUGGGUUUAUGGAGUCAGACGGUUCUAUGACAAUGUUGAAAUGAUGCUAGGGCGCAGAAUCAAUCCAUACAUGGCUAUUUGCUGGACAUUUUUGUCACCAAUGUUUUGUUUAGGCAUGUUUCUUAUGAGCAUUAUAAAUUAUUCAAACUUGGAAUACAAACGACCAUCUGGUGUUUACGAGUAUCCAGGUUGGGCAAUAGUUAUAGGAUGGAGUAUGGCAUCGUUUUCAGUCAUGUUCAUUCCACUCAUGAUACCUUUCAAUAUAUGGCGCCAUAAGCUAAACUGUCAGACUUUACAUUUACUUCUAAAACCCCAGGGAUUACAAGCCCAUCAACUGAGACCAAAGGAUAAAGGAGAAAAGAGUAUAGGAAAUUGUAAUGCAAAAUCGAAAUGCCAUGAUAAUUCGUAUGAAUGUUCAUUAGAUAAGCAUUAUGAAGAAGACAUAUUAGAAACAAAACUAGCUCUACUGGAAAAUGGUACAUAUGCAAACAAUGGUACAAAAGUUUAGAGACAGUUUAUGCAUCAACUUUUGUAAUACUAUUGCAUAUAUGUUACUUAUUUCAAAUGUGAUCAAUUGCUUAUAUAUAGUGUAUAUUUUAAGGUAUAAAAUGUUUGGGUUCAUAACAUGAACAGCAAAAUAACUUAUCAAGCAAACGUGAUGACUAUCUUAAUAAAACUAAUGACUUGUUUAAUGUCUGCUUUAACUGAUCCUAGAUAGUUAAUUUUUUGACCGCACUCAUCUGUAUUUUAGUAUUUAAAAAAACAUUUCUGUUAAUUUUAUACUGCAUAUAUUCUACCUUUAAUUUGACCUGUUGACACAAUUUGUAAUGCAUUUCUGUUAUUUAAUGUUUACUUAUUUUGUGUUAUAUCUCGUCUCACUAUUUUUAAUAUGUACCACCUUUGAUUUUGUAUGACGAUAAAUUUUCAGUUCUGUACUCGUACUCUGAACAACAAAUUUAUUAAUUUAUAAAAAAUAUUUACUUCUGUACUUCUAACAACUAAAUUUACCUGUGAAAGUUGUUUUAUUUAACGCCAUGUUGUCCCAGGUAAGAGUUGUCUUAUUGACACUCUUCCUAAAUUUUUUUUAUUACUACCUGUAACGUCUAUGCAUAGGCAUCUACGUUUUAAUAUUGUAUUUAUAUUGUGCCAUAGAUCAAACUUAUUCGUUCAGUGUA